CUUCCGUGAGAAAUCUGGAACUUCCAUUAAUUCUGGGUGGCGUCGCAAAAGCAAUCGGAUAAGCUUUCCUGGCAUCUCAAUCUCAAUCUCAGCAGCAACAGCUGCAGCUACAAAUCAGCACGAACUAUAUAUUUAUAUCCCACACCCGCCGGUGGCACUCACCUCCACUCAUCAUACAACAACUGUACCAAGUCAACUUAAUCUAAUCAACCCCAACUCGGAAUUUGAAUCAAGCAAGAUGGAAUCCACUCCAUCCUCCUCAUCCCCAUGCCCCUUCUGCACCAUCGCCCACACAUACCCGCCUCUCCCCCCGACAACGUUCCUCCGCCAACACCACCAAGACCCAAAUCCCAAGAAUGUCCCCAACCCAGCGACCCCGUCGGUCCCCCCACAUUCAGAUCUCGAUACGACAACGAGCACGAGUACGAGUACGAGUACGGCCCACCUCAUCCUCUCGACCCCAUCCCUCCUCGCCUUCCUGGACAUCAUGCCCCUCACGAGGGGCCAUCUCCUCCUUGUCACGCGGGAGCACUAUGAGAAACUGGGCGAUGUCGGGGUAGGCAUUAGUCGCGAGAUCGGCCAAUGGCUCCCCAUCCUCUCGCGGGUAGUGAUGCGGACGCUUUUCGGGGCGGACGCAGCAGCAGCGGACUGGCAUUGGAAUGUGGUGCAGAAUAACGGCGUCCGAGCAGCGCAGCAGGUUCCGCAUGUGCAUUUUCAUGUGAUUCCGCGACCGGAUUUGGGCAGUGCGUCGGGUGGUGCUGCUGCGCGGCCGAGUUUUGUGAUGUUUGGGCGCGGGCAGAGGGAGGAGUUGGAUGAGGAGGAGGGGGAGGCGUUGGCGCGCGGGUUGAGGGAGGAGUUGGCGAGGGAGGUUGUUAAGGUCAUGAAGGUGGAGGGGGUGGAUUUGGAGGUGGGGUUUGGGGGAGGGGGCAGGGGGAGGCUUUAG